ACACGCAUUUCUCAUUUCUCGCCUCAAAUUCGAUUUCUUUCUCUCUUUCUUAUUAAUAUUCUUCUCAAUGUGCAUUCAGAUCUGACUUCUUAAUUUUUGUUUUCCCGGAGUUUGAUGAGGGAAAGUUUAGAGUCGCUUGAUGAAUUUAUUUCAAUCCUUAAACUGAUUGCGUUUUGGAAGCUGGAUCAGGUAUGGAUGAUGAGAAGAAGAAAAAGCGAAACAAGAAGAAGAAGACCAAGCUCAAUAAUAAACGUGCAGACGACGCUAUAGCUGCCGGAGCCGUGACCUCGGAGGAUGGGAAUCAUAUCGGAGACGGUGACAUUGCUCAAAUUAGUCAAGUCCCAGAUUCCAAUGAAGUGCAACCGUGUCACCAGGUCAAUGUCGUCGUCGAAACUCAGGCAGAUGAAUCUGGUGUUGAGAACAAGCCUCUGACCAGUGAGGCGUUACUGGAAGAAACAAUCAAACAGUUACGUGAUGAAAAUGGAUCAUACCUUCAGAAAGAGGCUGGUUUUGAAGAAACUGUUAAACGCUUGGAAACUGAGAAUGAAGCUCACGUACAAAAAGAGGCACUGCUAGAAGAAAGGCUUGUGCUUUUGAAAACAGAAAAUGAAGCUCACAUACAAAGUGAGGCACUUUUAGAAGAAAGGCUAUUGAAUUUGAGAACAGAGAAUGAAGCUCACAUACAAAAUGAGUCACUGUUAGAAGAAAGGCUCUUGCAUAUGAAAACUGAGAAUGAAGCUCACAAACAGAACGAGGCACUUUUAGAAGAAAGGCUCUUGAAUUUGAAAACUGAAAAUGAUGCUUACAAACAGAACGAGGAAAAGUUGGAGGAAAGACUUGUGCAGUAUAAAACAAAGAACGACAUGCUUGUUCGUGAAAUGGCUAGUACAGAAGUCAAAAUGAGCCAAUUGCUAGACGAAAUAUCUACAUUCUCUCAGAAAGAGGCGAGUCUAGAAAAGAAAGUUCAACAACUUCAACAUGAUGAAGAAUCCUCGGUGGCUGUGGAGAAGUCAUCCCGAGAAAUGAUUUCUAGCCUGAACAUUGAAAUUGCAAGACUGCGAGCACAGGUUAUGGAGUUGGAAGAAUCUAGGAGUAAGAUUCUGGAGCAGAAUCAGAGCCUGGUGGGAACUGUAUCCAAUCUCCAGGUCCAGCAUGAAAACCAUGAGAGUAACGCGAAGGGUGCUUCUGAGGAAGAAUUAAACUCACAGAUUGAAGCAGCUUGUGCUCUAGUUGAAAAGCUUAUCACUGAAAAUGCUGAACUUGUUGAAAAGGUGAACGAAUUGUAUAUUAAGCUAAACCAAUCACAGCAUGCUUAUCCUUCAUCGCCUGAGAGCCUAGCAAUUGAAGUACAGAAGUCUGAAUCAUUAGAAGAAAUACCAAUACACGACGAGUUGAUUAAUAACUCUAGAGGCGUGGAAACUGCAUUCGUAGAGAGAAACUUGUCAGAAGGCGAAACAGAAAAAACAGUGCCGGUUUCUCUGAAUCCGAAUGGAGAAAUAGAUGUGGAAUCGCAGGUUGUAGUAGCUGGAGAAGGAGAAGUUAGUGUUGGUGUGCCUCUGGUGGACGCUCCACUCAUUGGUGCUCCGUUCAGGCUCGUCUCUUUUGUAGCAAGAUACGUGAGUGGUGCAGAUUUGGCGGAAAAGAAAUAGUGUGUUUGUAAAAACCCAAAACAAUACAUUGGAAGGCAGAGAAGAUGUAUCACUGCGCUAUCUCUCUCACUGAGGAUCAUUGAUUAGCUUUUUCCACAACACUUACGAUACACAUGUUUUUUUUUUUGGGCAAAACAAUACACAAUUGUAAUUUUUUUGCUAGGAUAAUGAUGAUGGUGAUGA